CGCGUAAGCAGAAGACGAAGAAGAAUAAAAAAACACAAAAGCAAGUGGUUGUCAGGAUUUCCACUUAGGCGUAUACAUUUGAGUUCACGUUUGUUUAUCUGUAUGGACAACAUGUAAAUGCUUGAUCGGUAUCUGCAAAGACGCAGCUUGAGACCGCCGACGCUGUCGUCUUUCGAGACUUUGUUUUAAAUUGUACGUUAAUUCGUUAGCUAGCUAGCUAGCUUUUAGGGGUAGCUCAUCUCCAGCUGGCUAGUGAGAUAAACAGGCGUUUUUUGUGUUAAAAGUCAACAAUCCAACAUCCCGCAGCUGUUCUCGUCACAAGACAAAGAUGGGGAAUCUGGGUAGCAGGUUCCAGUCCACUUCUCAGGGACCGGAGGACACAGCGGAAAGCCGCCACAAACACAGCUGCGAGUGUAAGAAGAGGAAACGGAGUACGCAGUGUGACUGUGAGAGCGAGAAGGACGACGAUGACACCAUACUGGACACACCACGUAGGAAGAAAUUGAAAAGCACUUCCAAUUACAUUUAUCAGACAUUGUUCCUGAAUGGAGAAAACAGUGACAUUCGCAUCUGCGCGCUGGGACAGGAGUGGAACCUUCACAAAUUGUACCUGUGCCAGUCAGGAUAUUUCUCCAGCAUGUUCAGCGGCUCUUGGAAGGAGUCGAACAUGAUGGAAAUCAACUUGGAGAUUCCCGACCAGAACAUUGAUGUAGAAGCUCUGCAGGUCGUGUUCGGAUCCUUGUACAGGGAUGACGUUCUCAUCAAGCCCAGUGGUGUUGUCAGUAUACUCGCAGCUGCUUGUAUGCUGCAAUUGGAUGGUUUGAUCCAUCAGUGCGGUGAGUCCAUGAAGGAAAACAUCAGCGCAAAGACGGUGUGCGGCUACUACGCCUGCUCCUGCAUCUACGGCUUGGACUCAGUCAUGAAAAAAUGUCUUGAGUGGCUUCUAAACAACCUCAUGACGCAUCAAAAUGUGGACUUGAUGAAAGAAAUUGGAACGGAGGUGAUGGAGCAGCUCAUUCAGUCUUCAGACCUGUUCGUCAUGCAGGUGGAGAUGGACGUCUACACCGCUUUAAAAAAGUGGAUGUUCCUGCAGCUCAACCCCUCGUGGGACGGACCCAUAAAACAGCUCCUGGCCGACGCUGACGCUUGGCUGUGCAAGCGAAGGAGCGACCUGAGUGAGAAAGAGCCCUUCUUAAACACAGAAGAGGGCGCCCCCUUUUGCUCAGUCUUCAAAUACAUACGUCUCCAGUAUAUCGUCAACGAUCUGGCUUCGGCACGCAUUUUGGAACGGGACAACAUUUUGCCUCCUGACUGGUUGACAGCAGUAUACAAAACACAGUGGUUUGCUAUGUUGCGGACAGAAUUUGACAAUGAUAAUGGUCCACAGGAAGCCAACAAAGAGGAAUUUGAGUUGAGCAGCAUGAGGUGUGGCAGGAAAUUGACCAAAGAUGGAGACUACUGCUGGCGAUGGACCGGCUUCAACUUUGGCUUCGACCUGCUGGUGACCUACACCAACCGCUUCAUCAUCUUCAAGAGGAACACACUAAGUCAGCCAUGCGGAGGCGCUGUGAGCCUGCAACCGAGGAGGCAUCUGGCGUACAGGUUACGUCUGGCCUCCUUUGACAGUCUUGGUAAGCUGGUGUGCAGCCGCUCCACUGGUUACCAGCUUCUCACACUGGAAAAAGAUCAGGAGUAUGUGGUGAUGAACCUGGACAGCCGUCUGCUGUCUUUUCCGCUCUACGUGUGCUGUAACUUCCUUUACACGUCGCCGCACUGGGACCACAGGCCGGACCAUCCCGAGCAUGAGAGCAGCGCACGCAGUGUGUCUUGAUUGCACCGGUGUUAACGCUUGUGACUCUGGCACGUGUGCAUUCCACAGCCAACAACACGUUUGUGCGUUUGAUUGUGGCGUGUCGGAAUCUCCCAUGUGUGUCACAUUGCCAGGAGGAGGCAGGUAUCAUUCCACCUUUGGAGCUGCGCCACCAACUCCCCUGGCAUACCUCAUCAUAGAAACCUUCCCAUUUGAUGACAUCCGCAUAGUCUUCUUUUUGGAAAUGUGCAUAAUCCAUCUUAUAUGUUGAGAAACCUCACAACACUGACAAGGACCACAAAGUGGCUCGUACAGGAAGCGUGUGCUUUUCUCCAUCCUCACGAGAGAAGCAGGAAUUUCAGGAAUUACAAUGACAAAUGGCACCUCCGGCGUACUGUACAUACCUCCAGGUAAAAUGACUUACAACAGCAGAUGUUUUAUUAACACUUGAGAGGAAGUAUUACAAUUUGCUGUUUUAUUGAGAUUUUGUCCUGCAGGUGUUUAUGAAAGUGGACAUCUUUCACCAAAGGAGCUUCUGGUAUUUCACUGCAGUUCAUUUAGUAAAAAAAAAAAAAAAAUCACUAUCAAAGUAUCCCAUGUAUGCAAUUUCAAUUAUUAAGAAGUAGCUAGCUAAUGAUACUACGCUCCAAAGUGAGCUUGCCUCCUUCACUACAGGGUUCCACCUGUCUUCUUACGUCAUGUUCAUUUGUUGUGACUCACUAAAGUACACUUUCAAACUUUGAGCACUCAUGCACAUUUGGUUUUCCCCCUUUUUUUGCACCGUUAUUUGACACUCUUUGACUGCUUUGGUCAUUACGUUUUGUCACCCACUCAUCUGGCGCACUUUGCCAACGUUGCCUCAUAGACAUGAGACCACAGUAAAAGUGGACAAUUUCACACUUGAGGAGCUGACAUUCAACUCGCCUUUUUAUUGCCGCAAUUUGUAAUCAUGUUUUUAUUUAUAUUUUUUACCUUUUGUUUUUGGAAGAUGAAAAUGCGUAAGUUUGUUGAAAUGUGUAUGUUUGUUGCCAAUAAAUCUGCUCGGCAACACGGGCUGUGGUGCUAUCCUAUAUCACUGCA